ACAGGCCUUGUCCCGGAUGCCGGAUCCCCUCUAUAAAACACCCGCCGCGAACCGGAAGCAGGCGCCACGCCAGAGACACACAGCACAACCAGAGCUAUCGCGGCUGGCACUAGUGCGUGCCCUGCACCAACCAACUGAGCACAGGGUCGCCGUCGGCGGGAAGACCCGAGAAACGCUAGCUCUGGCUAGUUGCAUGCAGGACCGGGACAUGGGGCAAACGGGAGAGGCGGUGAGCGUCAGCCCGGCGCGGCUGCUUACCGCCGCCGGCGAGCAGCAGGGCGACGCGGCGUCGUGGCUCGACCUCACGCUGGGCGUGAACUGCUCGCAGCCACCGGCGGCGGAGGACCCCUCGUCGUGCUCGGACGAAGAGCCGGCGGCCAAGCACAAGCAGGAGCAGCCGCCGCCGCCUCCUCCGGCGGCCGCGGCAGCGCCGACGACGCCCCACAAGGUGUUCUCGUGCAACUUCUGCAUGAGGAAGUUCUUCAGCUCGCAGGCGCUGGGCGGGCACCAGAACGCGCACAAGCGGGAGCGCAGCGCCGCCAAGCGCUCGUCGUCGCUGUCCUACCACCACGCGCACCACCAGCGGAUGGUCAUGGCCGGCCUGCCGCUCGAGGCGCACGCCGCGCUCGUGCGCGCCCUCAGGGUCAACCCGGCGGGCUCGGCGGUCCACAAGCCGGUCCGGCAAGAGGCCACGGCGCCGAGGCUCCACGACGGCGUGGUUGGCCCGUGGCCGCCGCUCGUCUACGAGGAGGUGCUCGGCUCCACGUCGUGGCCGGGGAGCUUCAGGAUGAGGACGCAGACGGAGCCACCUUCCUCGGACCCGGAGCAGCAGCUGCUACCAGAGCAAACCAAGAAGAUGGACUUGAGCCUUAGGCUGUGAAUCGGUGAUAGAUCAUAAGUAGAUGGUGAUCGUAGAGGUGCGUAGAGUUAGCUAGCUUCUUCUGUUAAUUAAUUUGAUUUGACCAGUAAUAUAUAAGUAACAUCGAAUGUACAAUUCUCGAGCUUGCGCUUGUUCUAAUUAAAUAGUUAUUCAAGGAACAAA